AUGGCGCCCACCUUCUCGGUGCGAGGUGAGGUGUCGCGAGCACAGCUUAUCCAGCGCAAGCGUCGGCGCAUCGACGCUGGUCCUACGCUCCCCGAACUGCUAGUCACGCGGGUCAAGUAUUCUACCGCGACGGAGAACCUGGAGAGUAGUGUGGAAAAGGGCAACGCAGGAACCGCCCCUUGCGUUGUGACCGGAGAUUACGCUGCGUGGCUGCCUCUGGAGGCCUUUGAUGAUGCUUUUCGCUUCGAGGAGCUGUCGCCAGCGGACUGGGCGGCGCGUGUCGCAGCGGCUCCGUCGGGUUUCCCUUGUCUGUUUUGGAAGCUGGACCACCGGCAGCCUCACAGGGGAGGCAUCUGGGCCUCAGGGCGUGUUGUAGAGGUCGAUGUGGAUAAGCAGCUGUACCACGUUUCGCCGGACGACGUCAGAGACUUUCGCAGCGCCAUACCAAAGAAAGCCGACGCCUACGGCAGUGCAGAGGACGCCGUGUUGCUCGCGCUGCCGCGCGUUUUCGUGUGUUUCGCUGCCGAAGAUCCCGAUAACUUUGCGGACCGCUUCACUGCCGCCUACAAUCGCCGUAGCGCUGCCGAAGCCGUGCUGCGCACAGAGUUGUACGUCGACUCCAUCCCUCUAGACGAGUACACCACACUCGAUCCGCUUGUUGCCCGAUGCGUGCGCGACGCCGCUCUCAGUACGCCGACGCUUGUGGAGAGUGAGUCGAACCUAAACGUGGCUGGUCUACUGGAGGAGGUGCGCACUGGGUACAGCCGCGUCAUGAAUGCCGAACUUUUCCGCUUCAUAACGCAGGGCAGUGGCCUUUCACAACUGACGGGUCCCUCCGUUACGUCGUCGGCGACGUUGUCGGCCUCGCCGUUAUUCGCAAGCGACACAGGGUGUCCAGCCCCGCUCUACGGCGUCCCCCCUCACCGAACCGAGCGCUUCGCAGCUACGGUGGCGGCAUUCCGCCAGAAAUGCUUCUGGAGCACCUCCCCGGUGCUUGCAGGCCUUACGCGGGCCGUGUACCAAGCCAACAACACCUUGCUAUCUCGGUGUGCGUUCGUGCUCUACUCCACGGCGAAGAUGAAGUGGCCGCUGAGUCUCAUGGAGCUGGAGGAGAUGGAGACGACUGCGAUGCGCGACUCCUUCUUGCAUGCCAGGGACAACUGGCUGACCCCGACUGUUGACAUGGCCAAGUGCACGCUUAGCGCCCUCUCGUCCACGGACGCGGUUCAUUUAUAUCACUACGACGUGAACACCUACACGGGUUGCACCACGGAGCGAUACCUGGGGCAGAUUCAGCUGUGCAUGCAGGACGCCCUCCAGCAUUACCUGAUGAGUUCACUGGAGGCGUUGACCCGCUUUGUCGAGCACGCCGGGGACAGCGAAGUCACGAUUCGUGGAAUGGCCGAUGUCGAGGUCACACGCGGAGUCCAUCCCGCUCCACAGACCCCGUUCGGCGCCGACCAGCGGCUUACUGCGGGUUUUCUGUUGCCUCCGCCGUACCCGCUGCCACCGUUGCUCUCUGUCGUACUCCUGUGCACGGCGCACGACGAUGGCAGCGCGAAGGCUACACCGGAGGCGCCCAAUGCUCAGACGGCCGCGGCGCAAGCUCUGAUGGCAGACGUAGGUGACGUACCGGAGGAGGAGAAGGGCAAUGCAGAGAAACGGACUACUGCGUCCUUGAGCUACAGCUGCUCCGUUGAAACGAUCCGGUCGUCGCUGCACGGACUCCUCAAGCGGUGCCUGACACAGCACAGUACUCUUCAUACGGUUGAACGCGUCCUCUUUGACUUUCUCUACGACUCCGCCACGGCGUUUCUCCAAGUACCCGACACGUCGUGCAUGCUGAUGGAGUCGUGGAUGCAGCGACUGAACGUGGUGCUUGACCGCGUCGCCGUUGCCAUGAAUGCGUACAAGGAGACGUACACCCCCUUUACGGCAGUGAUUGAGCUGGACUUGGACGCCUACAUGGCUACUUUUGAUGAGGGCUUCCCACACACGCGCGGCGUCGAGGCGGAGGUGCAGCGCUUUCUUACACUGCAGCAGGAGGUGCUGAAUUGUAUUCCAGUAUCCGCAGACUUGGGCCUUGUGCGUGUGAAUUGCGGCGAGCUGCGCCGCGCAUUGUCCAAAAAGUGCGCCAUGGGAGCCUCCAAGGUGCUGGACGUUGUGGCUGCUCGCGCGCUUGGUAAGGAGAUCACGGUGAGCGAGCGCUACAGCGAGCUGUACGCAACGCUGCGCAAGCCGACCGAGACACCGGAGGAGGUGGUCGCCACAAAGGACUUCAUCAAGACUAUUCCAGAGCACGCUGUUGACUUGGAGGCGGCCAUCGAGGAGGCGAAGGAGAUGCACGACCUACUCGACAGCUUCCAGCGUCCCCUCUCUGAGGAGGAGUUCAACAAGAAGUGGAAAGCGAUUACCUGGCCAGGCCAGCUUGACAGCGCCGUCAACGAACGCAUUGAGGAACUGGAAGAGACGAAGCGACGUCUCUUGGCGUCCAUGAACCGAGCGCAAGAUCUCUUCGAAAAGGAAGUCGACCGAAUUCAGAAACUCGUCGAUCAGUACAGCGAGCACCGCAACGCCAGUCGCAUGACUGAGAUUGCUGAGGACGUGAUGCGGGUUCAAGAGAAGAUACGUCAGCUACGCAGCCAAGCAAACACCUUCAACACCCACGAGUCGCUCUUCCACAUGGAAGAGACCGACUACUCAGCGGUGCACCAGCUCGCCACAGACUUCGAGCCGUACGAGGCGCUCUGGCUCACCUCGGCGAACUGGUACACCUCCCUUAAAAAGUGGCACCAGAUAGCGUUCAUGAGCAUCGAUGCGGAGGAGGUGGAGCGGGUCGUAGGUGACACUCUUCGCAUCAUGAACACGUGCACUCGCAACCCGCAGCUGACCCCGGAGCUGGUGCAGGUGGCGGAGCGCACCCGCGAGAAUGUAAAGCAGUUUCGCCCGCUUGUGCCGACGAUCAAGUAUCUGCGCAUGGAAGGCAUGCAGGAGCGGCACUGGAGCCAGUUGUCAAAGGAGCUUGGCCAGGAAGUGGAGCCGGGCCUCACGCUGAAGAGUCUCGACGAUGUGGUUCGCAUGAACUUGACUCAGCAGAACAACGUGCUCAUGCGCAUUUCCGAAAUCGCGUCGCGCGAGUUUCACAUUGAGAUGUCGCUCGCGAAGAUGAAGGCAGGGUGGGCUGACAUGCGGAUGGGUGUCACGUCGUACAAGGCGACGGGAUGCUAUGUGGUGUCAAAGGAUGUGGUGGAUCGGACGCAGGAGAAGCUGGACGAUCAAAUGUUACUGACGCAGAGCCUCGCCUUCUCGCCCUUCAAGCAGCUUUUCGAGGACGAGAUCGGCAACUGGGAAACCUCGCUGAAGCUCGUGCAAGACGUACUGGAUGCGUGGCUGCGGUGCCAAAAGUCAUGGCUCUAUCUCGAGCCCAUCUUCCAGUCGGAGGACAUCUCGCGCCAGCUUCCGGGCGAGUACAAGCGCUUUCAACUGGUGCACAAGAAUUGGAAGUUCCUGACAAACAAGGCGCACGAGGUGGACCGAACGCUAGAUUUCUGCACCACAACGGAGCGCUGUCUCGAGCUGCUCAACGAGAACAACGACACGCUGGAGGUGGUGGAGCGAGGCUUGAACCAGUACCUCGAGAACAAACGCGCCUCCUUCGCCCGCUUCUACUUCUUGUCCGACGACGAGCUGCUGACGAUCUUGUCGGAGGCGCGCGAUCCACAGAAGCUUCAGCCGCAGUUCCGCAAACUCUUCGAGAACAUUGCCCGCAUCGAUAUGCGCAACGCCGACAACGAGAUGUUCGGCAUGUACUCACAGAUGGACGAGUAUAUCCCUUUUGUGCAGUCCGUGCUGCCGCGCAAAUACGUCGAGAACUGGCUGACGGAGAUUGAGCACAUGAUGAAGAUUUCGAUCCGGGUUCAGCUGGAGGCGGGGGUGAAGAACUCGGCCACCAUGCAGCGCCAUGAUUUUGUGCUGCAGUCACCGGGGCAGGUGGCGAUCGCCGUGAACCAGAUUAUGUGGACGCACGAGUGCGAAUUGUCGUUGAAAGAGCACGGCUCGCUCGCCCCCUACGUCGAGACAGCGCAGGAGAACUUGAUGGUACUGGUGGAGACAGUGCGGCAGCCGCUGACAAGCCUACAGCGCAUGAACCUGAGCGGCCUUAUCACGAUUGAGGUGCAUGCCAGGGACAUUGUUGAGCAGCUCGCCAAGGCGAGGGUGGACAGCGUCCACGCCUUUGAGUGGGUCUCGCAGCUGCGUAGUUAUUGGGAGAACAAUGACUGCUUACUGCGUCAGGUGGAGGCGCAGUUUCGCUAUGGCGGCGAGUACCUUGGCAACACUACGCGUCUUGUAAUCACGCCCUUAACCGAUCGAAUCUACCUGACCUUGACCGGAGCGAUGCACAUGUUCCUCGGCGGUGCCCCAGCCGGGCCUGCUGGUACUGGCAAGACGGAGACAGUGAAGGAUCUUGCGAAGGCCGUAGGAAAGCAGUGUGUGGUGUUCAACUGCCAGGAGGGUAUGACGUACGCAUCGAUGGGCAAGUUCUUUAAAGGACUAGCCCAGGCCGGUGCGUGGGCGUGCUUCGACGAGUUCAACCGCAUCGACGUCGAGGUGCUCUCUGUUGUGGCGCAACAGGUUUCCUCGCUACAAGAGGCGGCGCGCACCCGGCAGUUCCGCAUUCCUUUCGAGGGUACUGAGAUCCUUGUAGACCCCUCCUACUCCGUCUUUAUCACCAUGAACCCUGGUUACGCUGGCCGAACAGAGCUGCCGGAUAACUUGAAGGUGCUGUUCCGCCCCGUGGCGUGCAUGGUGCCGGACUACGCCAUGAUUGCGGAGAUUCGCCUCUUCUCCUUCGGCUACUCUGAUUCUCGCAAGCUAGCGCAGAAGAUGGUGGCAACCUUUCGUCUGAGCUCCGAGCAACUCUCAUCACAGGAUCACUACGACUUUGGCAUGCGCGCCGUCAACACGGUCAUCUCAGCGGCUGGCCUGAUGAAGCGCGAGCACCCCGAUGAGGCCGAGGACGUGUUGCUGCUGCGUGCGCUGCGGGACUCGAAUGCGCCGAAGUUCCUGGAGGAAGACCUGCUCUUGUUCGACGGCAUCAUUUCAGACCUCUUUCCAGGCGUCCAGCUCACCGCAGUCAACUACGGCGACCUCUUCACCACUCUCGAGGCGAAGGCGUCCUCGAUGCACCUGCAGCCGACGGAGAUGUUCCUCAAAAAGUGCGUGCAGAUGUACGAGAUGAGCGUGCUGCGCCAUGGCCAGAUGGCGGUGGGGCCGACGAUGGGCGGCAAGACGUGCGCGACACGCGUCCUGCAAGCGGCAAUGACACACCUGCGAAAGGAGCAGAAGAACACCAAGUUUGCCGAGGUCAAGACGUACUGCUUGAACCCCAAAUCAAUCACAAUGACCCAGCUGUACGGUGGUUUUGACGAGGCAACUGGGGAGUGGCGGGACGGCAUCAUUGGCGAGGUGUUUCGCCUAGCAGCUCGAGACACAAGCGACGCGCGGCAGUGGAUCAUCUUUGACGGCCCAGUCGACGCGCUCUGGAUUGAAUCCAUGAACACGGUACUGGACGAGAACAAGAAAUUGUGCCUCAUCUCUGGCGAGAUCAUCACGAUGACGCCCUACAUGAACUGCUGGUUCGAGGUGGAGGACUUGGCGGUCGCCUCGCCAGCUACCGUCUCACGGGCCGGUAUGAUUUACCUGGAGCCGAACACGUGCAUCGGCGUGCGUAACUACAUUCGCAGCUGGCAGCAGUACAGACUUCCCAUCACAAUGGACCCGUACAAGGAGCAGUUGCAAGAGCUGUGCGAACAGCUCUUCCCGUCGCUCAUUCACUUUGUACAGACGGAGGUGAGCGAGUACAGCCCGUCCACCUGGCCCAACCUGGUGAUGUCGUGCUUCAACCUAUUUGACUGCUUUAUGUCGCCCUACACCCCAACGCGCACAUACGAGGUGCCGCAGGAGAAGCUGGACUUGUUGCGCGAGGUGCACCUGCAUCUCCUGGUCUUCUCGGUUGUCUGGUCCUUCGGCGCCACUGGCGAUCGGCCGAGCCAGGAGCGGUUUGACAAAUUUUUGCGCGACGAGCUGCGGCUGCGCAACGUCAACGUUGAGCUGCCCGUGAUUGGAUACCUGCAGGAUUACCAAUUCCUCCCGGAGGAGCGCGGCUGGGUCGCGUGGACGGAGCGACUGCCGCCGUUCACGGCACAGGUAACACAAAGCAACUUCUCCGACAUCAUCGUUCUGACGACUGACGUGGUACGGUACAAGUAUGUGAAUCGAAUUCUUCUGGAGCAUUCGUACCACACUCUAUGCUGCGGGCCCACCGGUACGGGCAAGACGGUCCUGAUGCGGCAGCUGCUCAUGCAGGAGAUGCCAAAGGAAUGCACGCCAAUCUUCUUUACCUUCUCAGCCCGCACAACCGCCAAUCAGACGCAGGAUCUCAUAUGCUCGAAGUUUGAGGUGCGCAAGCGCGCAUCACCGCAGGUGUGGGGUGCACCACUGAACCGCAAGUUCAUCAUCCUCGUCGACGACAUGAAUAUGCCGCUCAAGGAGCAGUAUGGCGCACAGCCGCCAAUUGAGCUGCUUCGGCAGUUCAUGAACUACAGCGGCUGGUACGACUGCCGUACCCGCGAGUUCUUCUCGAUUGUGGACGUGGUGUUCGCCGGCACGAUGGGCCCACCCGGCGGCGGUCGCCAUUUCAUCACGCAGCGUUUCCUGCGCCACUUUCACCAAAUUGCUUUCCCUGAAAUUGAGGACGACAACAUGCGCCGCAUCUUUGUCUCCCUGCUGGAGAGCUACUUCUCCGUCUUUGCUGAGGAUGUGCGUAUGAAGCUCUCCUCCGUCGUGCUAGCGUCCAUCGAGGUCUUUAACACUGCCGUCAAAGAACUCAAGCCGACCCCUGCCCGUCCACACUAUCUCUUCAACCUCCGCGACCUCGCGAAGGUGAUGGACGGACUUACGAACGCGACACCCGCUACAGUGAAGACGGUGCCGGCACUGGUGCGACUGUGGCUACAUGAAGAGAUGCGAACCUUCGAAGACCGCCUGACGAAUGAUGUGGACAGGACGUGGUUUCAGCAGCUGCUUGGGAAGCAGUUGCAGAAGCAUCUGAAGCUGUCGGUGGGCGAGGUGUUGCCAAGUCAACCUAGCAACGGUGCCGGAGGAGUCGAGAACCAGCAGCUGCCCACAUCGGCGGCCAACAUGAACGCCCUCAUGUUUGUGGACUUCAUGGGCACCAAGGCGGAGCAGCGCGUCUAUCAAGAAGCGAGUGACUUCAACGCCGUGGUCAAGGUACUCGAGCACCAGCUGCAGGAGUAUAAUCAGCAGUGCGUCGGUGGCCGUCAGCUGGACCUGGUCAUCUUCUCCGAUGCCGCGCGGCACGUUUGCCGCAUUGCGCGUGUGUUGCGCAAGCCAAACGGGCACGCGCUGCUCCUCGGCGUCGGCGGCUCUGGCCGUCAGUCGCUGUCCCGCCUUGCAGCCCAUCUGAAUGAGUACGAGCUGUUCCAGGUCGAGAUGGCGAAGGGGUACACGAUGAACGCCUGGCACGAGGACCUGAAAGGGGUGCUGCGGCGCGUCGCGCUCCAAAAGAAACAGGUGCUUUUUCUCUUCGCCGACACUCAAAUUGUGCACGAGUCCAUGCUCGAGGAUGUGAACAACCUCCUCAACUCCGGUGAGGUACCCAACCUCUUCUUUGGGCAGGAGCUGGAGGAGCUGCUGAAUUCAAUGCGCCAAGUCUGCGUGGCGGAGGGCCUGCCGGUGGACAAGGUCACCAUUUUUGCCCGUUUUGUACGCAGCUGCCGCAGUCAACUCCACAUCUCUCUCUGCAUGUCGCCGCUGGGCGAGGUCUUCCGCAGCCGUCUGCGCAUGUUUCCGGCGCUUGUGAACUGCUGCACGGUGGACUGGUUCUCGGCGUGGCCGCAGCAGGCGCUGAGCAGCGUGGCGCACAACUACUUUGCCGCCAUGCCGCUGCUGGCGCAGGAGGCGAGAGCGGUGGAGGUGUGUACGGAGGUGUGCGUGCGCGUUCACGUGAACGUCGAGGCCGUCUCUGCCCGCUUCCUCACUGAGACGCAGCGGCACAACUAUGUGACCCCCACGUCAUUCCUCGAGCUCCUCCACACUUUCCGCGCGCUCAUGGAGACGCAGACAGAGAAGAACCAAACCACGAAGGACCGCUUCGUCAACGGCCUGGCCAAGCUACGCGAGACUGAGGACGCUGUGGCCGAACUGCAGCAGACUCUGUCGCAGAGUCAGCCAGUCUUGCUGGAGAAAAACGAGUCCAUCAAAGCUCUCGUCGCCGAAAUGGAGGUGCAGACGGCUGAGGCGGAGAAGACAAAGAAAGAGGCACAGAGGGAGCGCGAGGCGGUGGCGACAAUGCAGGCGGAGUGCGCAGCCAUCGAGGGUGCUGCGCAGGAACAGCUGGCUGAGGCGCUGCCGGAGCUAGACCGAGCUCUGGAGAGUCUCAAGAACCUUAAGUCGUCGCAGAUUACGGAGGUGUCCGGCUACAAAGCGCCGACUGCAGGUGUUGUCAUGACGAUGCAGGGCAUCUGCAUUCUCUUUCAAAUCAAGCCCCAGAUGCGCGCCGCAAACCCGAUGGAGGAGAAGAAACCCGACUUCUGGGCUACCGCCAAGGAGCAGCUACUCAACAACCCCAACCAACUCCUGCAGCGACUCAUCCAGUACGACAAAGAGAGUAUUCCGGAUAAACUUAUCCAGGCAGUCAUGCCCCUCGUCAGGUCCGACGAUUUCACACCGAAGAAGAUCGCUGGUGCCAGUCAGGCUUGUGCCGCCAUGUGUCAGUGGACACACGCAAUGGUGCGCUUUUACGAGGUGAAUAAGAAGGUGGCGCCGUUGCGAGAGGAGCUGGCGGUGGCACAGCAGGCGAACCAGGAGGCCCAGCAGAAGCUGAAGGCGGCCGAAGGCCAGCUUGCCGAAGUAGAAACGCGGCUUGCCGAUAUGCAGUACCGCAAGGAAGAGGCUGAGCGAGAGAUGGGGGAACUGGAUCAAACGGUGAAGCGCACGGCGCUGCGGCUGGAGCGGGCCGCGAUGCUUAUCGACGGCUUGGCAGGCGAGAAACGCGCUUGGAUGCAGUCGGUGGAGCGCAUCGACGAGUCAACCCGGUACCUGAUGGGCGACAUGCUCGUGGCGGCUGGCCAGAUCGCAUACUGUGGUCCCUUCACGUCCGUGUACCGGGAGGACCUCCUGCAGUCGUGGGGCAAGGAGCUGGACCAGCGCUCGAUCCUGCAUAGCGCGCAGUGUUCCAUCUUCCACACGCUGCAGGACGCGGUGGAAACGCGGAAGUGGAUCUUGAAAGGGCUUCCAAUGGAUACCCUGUCGAUUGAGAACGCUCUCUUCGCGAAGAACGCGCGCCGGUGGCCGCUUCUGAUCGACCCUCAGACCCAGGGUAACCGAUGGAUCCGGAGAACGUACCAGGAUUCGCUGGAGGUGGUGCGGCCAAGCCAGAAGGACCUUAUCAAGCGCAUCGAGUUUUGCAUCCGUGCUGGGCGGCCGGUGCUGCUGGAAAACGUCGGCGAGGAGAUCGACGCCAGCCUCAACCCUUUGCUAGAACGACGCAUCUUCGUGGAGGGUGGGACAGAGAUGAUUCGCAUCUCCGACACGCCGAUUCCGUGGAACCCGAAGUUCAAGUUCUUUAUGACGACGAAACUGCCGAACCCCCACUACAUCCCGGAGGUGAUGGUGCGCGUCACGCUACUGAACUUCUUCAUCACCCCUCACGGACUCGAAGACCAGAUUCUCGGCGUUGUAGUUGGACAGGAGCGCAGGGAGCUAGAAAUGCGGCGCAGUGACCUGAUUGAGAAGAACGCUGCAAUGAAAGCCGACCUCGUGAACACGCAGGAGAGCAUCUUGUGUAAACUGAAGGAGGUGCAGGGCGAGGUGCUCGACGACGUGGAGCUUAUUGCCUACCUGAAUGAGUCGAAAGAGAAGACGAUGGAAAUUACAACGCGAGUGGCCGAGGCAGAGGCCGCCGAGGUGGAGCUCACGGCUAGCCGCGAGGAGUACCGCCCCAUUGCGCAUCACUCCUCGUGCCUUUACUUCUGCUGCUCCACCCUGUCCCACGUCGACCCCAUGUACCAGUACUCCCUUCAGUGGUUCGUGCAGCUCUUCAUCGCGAGCAUUGACCAGGCGAGGCGCUCCGACGACCUGGUGCAGCGCCUAGAGAACCUGAAGGAGUAUUUCACCUACAGCUUCUACCAGAACGUGAGCCGCUCCCUCUUUGAGAAGCACAAGCUUAUGUUCUCCUUCUACCUCUGCGUGCGACUCAAGGACCAGCGGGCGGAGGUGGACCCCGCGGAGUUCCGAUUUUUGCUGCAGGGCCCCACGCUCGUCGCCGACGCGAACGACAACCCGGACCCGAGCUGGAUCACGCCGGCGACGUGGAACGAGUGGUGCUACCUAGGCCAGCACUUCAGCGCCUUCUGCGGCCUCAAGGGGCAUCUUUGCGCCCACCUGCCGUACUACAAAGAACUCUUCAUGUCCUCUGCCGCUCAUCGACAGCCCAUGGCCGCAGACUGGGCAGACAAACUGACACCGAUGCAACACCUGAUGUUCCUGCGCUGCGUACGGCCCGACAAGGUGAUGGAGAGGUUGCAGGACUUUGUCUUGGCGGAGAUGGGGGAGAAGUUUAUCCGGCCGCCGCCAUUUGACCUGAUCACAUCCUUCAAGGACUCCAGUCCGGCGGUGCCGCUCAUCUUUAUCCUGUCGCAAGGUGCGGACCCGUAUGACGACUGGAAGCGCUUUGCCGACGCGCAGAACAUGGGCAAAAAGCUGUACGACGUAUCGCUCGGCCAGGGGCAAGGCCCACGCGCAGAGCGCAUGAUGCAGGAGGCGAUGGAGAACGGCUCGUGGGUUCUGUUGCAGAACUGCCAUCUCGCCACGUCCUGGAUGCCGACGCUGGAACGGCUGGUUGAGUCCAUCACGCCAACCACGCAUCCCAACUUCCGACUGUGGCUGACGUCGAUGCCAAACGCGCAUUUCCCGGUGGCGGUGCUGCAGAGCGGUGUGAAGAUGACAAAUGAGCCGCCGAAGGGACUGCAGGCAAACGUGUCGCGCUCCAUCGCCGCCUACGCAGGCGACUUUCUGGAAUCCUGUCAGAAGCCGACAGAGCUCAAGAAGCUCUUCUUCUCCCUGUGCUUCUUUCAUGCCCUGGUGCAGGAGCGUCGCAAGUUCGGGCCACUUGGGUGGAACAUUGCGUACGAGUUCACCAGCGGCGAUCUGGGCUGUUGCGUGACACAAGUGAAAAUGUUCCUUGACAAGUACGCCGAGGUCCCCUACACGGUGAUCCGGGAGCUGAGCGGCAACAUUCACUACGGUGGACGCGUCACAGAUGAGUGGGAUCGCCGCACCCUCAACACACUACUGGAACCCUUUGUGACACCGGAUGUCAUGGCGGACGGUUACUUGUUUUGCCCGCGGCUGCAGGAGUACCAGUCGGUCCCUACCACGCACCGGCAAGGGUACCUGGACUACGUCGCCUCGUGGCCACUGAACACCAGUCCAGAGACAUUCGGGCUCCACGAAAAUGCGGACAUCACCUGCGCCCGCACCGAGACGUUUGAGACACUGCAGGCGAUCGUGCUUCUACAAGGCGACCAAGGUCGCGGGGGCGACGGUGCCUCGUCGUCGUCGGCAGCUGCGUUGACCCCAGAUGACAUGGUGAGGACGUUCGGGGAGGCGAUCCAGCGCAAGGUCGCUGCGCCGUUUGACCUCGAUCAGUUCCGCCGCAAGUAUCCGACAAAGUACGAGGACUCCAUGAACACGGUCCUGGUGCAGGAGGCCAUCCGCUUUAACCGGCUGGUGAUGCUGCUGCACCAAACACUAGAGCAGCUGCCAAUGGCGAUCCGCGGCGAGGUGGUCAUGAGCAAGGAGCUAGAGGAAGUGUACCUGGCCCUGUACAACAACCAGGUUCCUGCCCUGUGGUCCGAAAAGGCAUACCCGAGCCUCAAGUCUCUCGGUGCCUGGGUGGAUGACCUGGCGCGACGCCUUGCGAUGGUGCAGGACUGGUACUUGCACGGCCACCCGAACAUGUACUGGAUCUCCGGCUUCUUCUUCCCGCAGGCCUUCUUGACGAGUAUACUGCAGAACCACGCGCGUGCGAUGCACAUUUCAAUUGACACUAUCAGCUACGACUUUGAGUGGAUGUCCGCAGAUCCAUCAUCGGUCACAGCGCGGCCGGAGGUGGGUUGCUACAUUCAUGGCAUGUUUAUCGAGGGUGCUCGCUUUCACCCUUCUACGCUGAGGUUGGCGGAGUCGUUGCCCAAGGUGCUCUACGAGCAGGCACCGAUGCUGUGGUUGAAGCCCGUGCGUGACCGAGUGCCACCGGCGAGCAACAUCUACGGGUGCCCGCUGUACAAGACGGUACGCCGCGCCGGCACGCUGAGCACAACUGGACACUCGACGAAUUAUGUGCUCACUGCCGAAAUUCAGACACCACCCGAGGCGGGCGCGAAUCACUGGAUUCGACGCGGUGUAGCUCUUGUAUGUGCGCUAAGUACGUAG